AUGCCAUCACCAGUGAUAGAUUUGAACACUCUCUCAAAUGAUCUUCAUAAAAUCGCACAGGCCAAAAUUAAAUUGGAGGAUUUUAAUGCAAAACGUAAUGAAUUGCUGAACGAAUUAGCUGAUUUUCAACAAACGAAAACGUUCAUCGAUGAAACGCAAAAAACCAUUUGUGACUUGAACGAUGAGAAGGAUGCACACAGUGAGAUGAUACAACAAAUCAAUUCGGAUAAACAAGAACUGGAGAAACUGAUGAAUUCGGCCAAAGAUACGCGUCGUCUGAUGGAGGGUAACAUAUCGAAAAAAUACGAUGAAAUAUAUCGCCUACUUGAACAAGCAAAUGAAUUAUCUCGUGAAAGUGGCUUACCUGAUGAAGAUUUAAUACCAACUGCGAUCAUCCCACCAAACAAAUUUGCAAUAUGUGCGACAUCAACGGUGAUGCCAUCAAAUUUAUUGAAACAAUUAAAAUAUACCUCAACCAUAUCGACGAAUACAUCUGCGACAUCAAGUACAUCAAUACCAGCAAUAAUGCAGAAUAACACGAUAUUUGGUUUCGACACGAUGAAUCUUGUGAAUACGUACAACGCAAGUGGCCAUAACCACAAUCAGAAUGCAGCGUUAAUGCCUCGUUCCAAUGCAACAAAUAUGCAUUCAACAGCAUCACUGAAUAACGUCAUUAAUUCACUAUCGAAUACUAACACAACUAAUUCUAAUAACUCAUCUGCAUUGCUACCACCCCAGGUAGCUGCUGUUGCAGUGGCAGCACAACACCAUCAUCAUCAUCAUCCUCAUCUUACCGCUGCUUCAUCGAUCUCAAAACUCGACCAUCAGUCACCACCAAUGAAGACUUGUCAGUCGUGUUUCCAACAAAUCCAUCGCAACGCACCCAUUUGUCCAAUGUGCAAAAGCAAAAGUCGUUCAAAGAAUCCGAAGAAGCCGAAGCGAAAAGCAUAA